UACAUUUCAUUCAUUGUACGAAUACAAGACGAUUUGUUUUGCGUUUUCACUUGAGAUUGAGCAGCGGUUAGUUGCUCGACGAAUUCUUAUAAGCAACUGCAAUUUAAAAUCAUGGCAGACUCGAACAUAGAACCUCCUACCAAUGACGUAGAGAGUAACUAUUCAACUCCUGCAAAUGAUCCCAAAAACAUGCAGGAAGUAACACAGUAUGUACAAUCACUGCUCCAAAAUAUGCAAGAUAAGUUCCAAAGCAUGUCAGACCAGAUUAUAAACAGAAUAGAUGAGAUGGGGACACGAGUCGACGAGCUUGAGAAGAAUAUCACGGACCUGAUGACUCAAGCCGGAGUUGAGAAUGAAAAAUAGGAGCUUCAUGCACAAUGUUAGGGUAACCUUAAGGUACUUGCUAGUUAGUUUGCAAUAUCAAACAUAUUUAGACUUAAAAUGCAGUUCAAAUUAUUAUAAACAAUUAAGGUCUGUAAUCAUAAAUAUCUUUGAUUCAAUGUUGUGAAAUUUGUGUCAUUUGAAGAUUUUUGGUGGUUUAUAAAAAUAUAAUUAAAAAUAGUUACUUCAGACUUGCCAAGUUUUGUAUAUUUUACAUGUUAUAUAAUAAAAACUGCAUGAUCACUAACCACAUCACCACAGAAGAUAACAUAAAAGAGUGUUACCCAUUAGGCUAAGUAAUUAUUGUUAGGCAAUAAAAACACCAAUUGCUAUUGAUAACCUCACUAAUAAAAGCAAUGUACCUAUACCUUGUAAUUUUAAGAAACUUGAUUUUGUAAUAUAGGAAUUAGCAUUUAUAUCACAUACUUAAUGUGCUAGUUUUGAUGUACCAUUUUGAAAAUAAGCACAUGUUUUUAGAUAUAACUCAUUUCUAAAUUAUUUAAUUUGUAGCCCUAUUUUAUAAAUUACACUUAGUCCAAAGUACA